AUGUAUGAUCUCACAGAAAAGGUUGCCAUCGUGACAGGCUCUAACACAGGCCUCGGACUAGAAUGUGUGAGACAACUACUCUCCCGCAAACUGACACGGGUAAUCAUCUCCGUGCGCUCCGUGAACAAAGGCGAAGAUGCAGCCGCCAAAUUACGCGAGAUAUUUCCCACGGCCACGAUCAACAUUUGGCCACUGGAUAUGGCUUCCUACGACUCAGUUAAAGUCUUUGUCAUGAAAGAUGAAAACCUUCCCCGUAUCGAUAUUGCAAUUUUGAAUGCCGGCAUGACGAAUUCGAUGUUCAAGAUCUUGCCUGGUACAGGUCACGAGGAGACGAUGCAGGUUAAUUACCUCUCCACAAUGCUGCUAUCCAUUCUGCUUCUCCCCGUGCUGAAGGGGAAAUUGCCUGACGGGCCGGGAAGGUUGACGAUCGCUACGACGAUGCUCUCGCUUACUGCGAAGUUCGCGCAGAGGAAUGAGGUGCCUCUCGUUGCUGCUUUUGAUGAUGAGAAAUUCUUCGACCAAGUGGAUUUGUACCCGACGUCGAAGUUUCUGGGACAGGUUUUCCUGGUGGAAGUUGACGGACUUGGUGAAGGCCGAUGA